UCUCACUCCGGUACAGUAGGUGGCAGUAUAUGCACCUUUCGUAUGGUUGCAAUCCGCCAACAAAGUUGAUGUCACAUUAUCCAAGAUGGCUGCGCUCACGCCCUUGAUGUUCAAGUCCAGAGCAGGUCUUCUGCUCCCUUGCCAGUCCUUUCUGGUGGACUGGGUACGGUUCGCAUCCAAGAAGGCAGGUGGUAGCAGCAAGAACCUUGGAGGAAAGAGCCCUGGUCGCAGAUAUGGAUUCAAGAAAACAGAUGGAAACUUUGUCCAUGCUGGCAACAUCUUAGCAACACAGAGGCUAAUGCGGUGGCAACCAGGGGCGCAUGUUGGGAUUGGAACCAACAACACCCUGUACGCCUUACAGGACGGUGUUGUCAGGUACACUAAGGAGGUGUAUAUUCCACCUCCACGCAGCUCUGAGACCAUCAAGGUCAUUACCAAGCUGCCUAAAGGAACUGUUCUCUACAAGACCUUCAUCAACAUAGUGCCCAUCAAACAGGAGGGCAAAUUCAGACUGGUUGGUCUGUUAUAAGGACUGACAAGUUAUUUCUAUUGUGGUUGGAGGAAGCUACGGACUUGACGGUUUGAGAAGGAUUAUGGAAGUUUUGAAGAAAAUCCUCAAAAAAAGUUGCGUGUUGAUGUGGUGACUGUUGACAUUGAUAUUGCCCUCUUGGAAAUGUGACCUUGGUUGAAGGUUUUAUCAUCAGUCUUCUACAUAACUUGUUGUGCUACAGGAAAAUGAACCACAUUUGUCCAAUGCGGUUCAUAUCAUGACAUCAGCAGUUGGUUGUUGGCAUUUUAAGACUAGUGAAGGAAACACUUUCCAGCAUAUCUAAAAGUAUUUAAUAUUUGUGGGAAAUUGUGUUAUUGAGGAAAAUACCUGUCUCUGGUAAGCAAAAAUGAAACCACCCCUUUCAAGUUUGAAUGUUGUCCUUAUUUUUUAUAAUUACUACAAGAUCUCUCAAGUUUCAACAAUUUGGAUGUUAUCCCUGUUUCCUAAACAGUCUAUACAUAUAAAAUACCAGUUAAAAGUUUGGACACAUACUCAUUCAAGGACAUUGUAGAACAAUAGCAAAGACAUCAAAAUUAUGAAAUAACUAACUCAUGAAGAUUAUUGAGGGAAUGACAUGCAAAGCAGUAAUCAAGGCAAAGGGUAGCUACUUUUUUGGGUCACUACGUGAUUCUGUGUCAUUAGGCUGUGAUGCAUCAUGGUUAAUAGAUCUUAGGGGUGGUAUAUUGGCCAUAUACCACACUCAAUUGUGCCUAAUUGCCUACAUGCCACACAGUAUUCAGGAUUCAAACCACCCGGUUUGUAAGUAAGCAAUAAGGUAUGAGAUUGUGGCAUAUGGCCAAUAAACCAUGGCUAACGCCUUGCGUCCACCGACUGCCUCAUUGCAUUACCACGGAAGUCAUUCAUCUUCAGUAGAGCAGCCUGAAACAAUGCGUUGGGAAUGUUACGCCUGAUGUCCACCAGAUACAUCAACAUUUACGCCUUGGCCAGACCAGAUCCACCAAUUGUGUUGUGAAUGCAUCGUUUUUGUUGCAAGCCCUUUCCAUAUCGCCUGCAUUAUCUUUUGAUUUAAGACACAUCUAUAAAUAGAGGCUAAUAUGUGAGGUCCCCGGUUAUCCUGCCCUUUUUGAUUUGUCAGACGAUAUUUAUAGAGAUAUUAAUGCUACAAAUAAUGCAUGGAGGAAGAUUUCAUGCGAUUAUCGGCUACCAGCUCAGUAACUUUAACAUGUUGGCUAUACAAAAGUUCUGAACGUUUUAUGUAAGCAACUGCACGCUUCUCAGCUCGUAUGCCUGCCACUUGAGGAUAACUUGCUAGGUACAUAUAAAAUCUGUUCUAGCUACAAACUGUAUAUAGUUUGUAGAGCAAUGUAUUUGGCAGAUUUCUUUUCGUUUUAGUCAUUACAAUUAUAAUUAUGUAGGCCAUACUUUUUACACAUAAUAUUUCAUAUAUUUACAAAUAUAUUGACUUAAUUCCGGUCUGACAAUGCUUUUUGGAGGAGAUAAGAUGCAUUAUUUAUUCAUAAAUGGACAGUUUCAUGCAACACCCGAAACGCGACGCAUCCGCAAAGGGUACAUAAAGUGCUGAGUGUCUUUGCGUCAUAACGCACAUGUUCAUUGGAAAUGACUGAACUUCCGUUGUUACGCAUAUGCAUGACGGAUUUGGUCUGGCCAAGGCUUUUUAUAUAUAUAUUUUUUUUUUUAUUGAAAAUAUCAAAAUUCACAAACAAACAUGGCGGCAUAAAUUCGGUUCUUCAGAAUAGGAUACAGAGAAGAUAUAGCCAUAGGGAACAGCUCUUAAUACAGUAACAAAAAUAGAGAUGUUUUAUAAAAGGCAAGUGAGAAAUAGAAAAAAAUAUAUAUAAAUAAAUAAAUAAUAAUACCAUAACACAAGGGGAGAAUAAAUUCAUUGUUCAACUAUUUACCUCCGUUGGGAAGUGUUUUAGGGUAUCAUAUAUGUUUUGUGCUUUAGGACCUUUCAGAGUUUUUAAGGACUUCAUAUACAGUUUAAAUUCAUUUAAAAAAAACAAUAGAUUUGGGAGACGAUUUCACAGUUCUACAUUUGUGAAUAAAAAAUUUUGCUAGACAUACAAUUGUAUUAGAACAGAUCUCAUCACCCUUAUUUUGCAACACUAAUCCGAAUGUUAUGUCGUCACAGGAAAUAGUGGUUGGGAAUGAAGAUAUCUGUUGCUUAAUCCAUUUAUGUAUAUCACACCAAAAUGUCUGUAUCACAUUAAAUGAGAAAA